GCACGUUCCAACGUUUAAACAAUUGUGCGCAUAUUUAUAAAUGUUGUUUUUAAACAGAUAACAAAAAUAAUAAUACACAAAAAUGGCACUACAAACAGCUAAACAGUCCAAAAGAGCGUCAGCACCUGAAAGCGACAGUGGCUCUGAAUCGGACUCGAACAGCGUGGGGAGCGCUACUGAAGGCAACUCCGGCUGGGCUGAUUCUAUAAAUAAAGUUUUAAAGACAAGUGGCAGGCCUUAUGUACAGAAAACUGUGCUGGCGCGGGCAAAGAAAAGCCAAGCCGUAUCCUCAAAGGAUGGAAGUAGCAGCAACAAAACGAAAAGUUAUGGCUUUGAAAUCGAUGGGGCCAGUGGCGCUGAAGUGAAAGAGGAAGUUGAGGAGAAACCAGAAACGUCUGCCUUGGACGCCCAACUGACGAAAAAGCAACGCAAAAAUGUGCCCCUACAGCUACGCGUGAAGCCCACUUUCCGGGAUAUUGAGCGCGAGCGCAGCCUGAGGAAGGUUGCCACACGUGGCGUUGUCCAAUUCUUCAAUGCCGUGCGCGUUCAGCAAAAGGAACUGCAACAACAGUUGGAGGAAGCCGGUCCUCUGGAUAGUCGCCAGGAUGCGGUGCUUAAUAACAUAAAUAAACGCAAAUUCCUGGAUAUAUUGAUGAGUGGUAAACGUGCCAAAUCGGAGGCCAUUGACAAUGCCGUAAAGAAGGAGGAAUCGGAUACUGAGGAGGACAGUCAAUCCGAAGACGAUGCGUUUGCGUCUGGUGGCAAAAAGAAGUCCGAAUGGAAUGUGCUACGUGAGGACUUUAUGACAAAUAAAAAGAUCAAACAUUGGGAUGAGGAAUCCGAAGAAGGCAGCAAUGUCGAAGACAGAGCGCAGAGUAGUGAUGAAGAAGAUUGAUGUUGAAGACAAUGAGGACGUUUGUUGCUGAGAAUCUUUGAUGCUGUACUUGCGAGUAACUGAUGCCAAGGAAUUUUUAUCAAAAGGAAGAUAAAAAAGCUUUCUAUAUGAUGUUGUAUGCCAAUCUUUUAAUUUCUUUAACUGAUUGCAAUUGUGUAUCUUUUUAUAUAAACAGCAUAAAUCUGGAUCCUCAGCAUAAAAAUAAUUAACACAAAAGCUUAUGUUUAACACUU